ACCCCUGCUGGGCAAGAUGGCGGCGCCCAUGGAGGCCUCAACCAAGGAGGAAUAAAAGGGAAUCCCACACGGAAACAGUGCUGGAAAGAAUCAUACUGGGGAGGCUGCUGACGUGUCAAGAUGCUGUCAAGACCAAAGCCAGGGGAAUCCGAGGUGGACCUGCUGCGCUUCCAGAGUCAAUUUCUUGCAGCUGGUGCAACCCCAGCAGUACGAUUGGUGAAGAAAGGAAAUAGGAGAGGUGAUGAUGCUGACCCAGCACAGGCUUUGCGGCAGGACCAUCGGGAUAUGGUGAUAUUGGACAGUCUCCCAGAUUUGCCCCCAGCUUUGGUCCCGGCUCCCCCAAAGAGAGCCAGGUCCAGCCCUGGCUACCCAUUAUGUGAAGAUGAGGACCCAGAAGAGAGGCUGAACAGGCAUGAUCAGCACAUCACUGCUGUCUUAACUAAGAUAAUUGAACGAGAUACAAGUUCUAUGGCUGUGCAUCUGCCUGUGCCCAGUGGCGUUGCUUUCCCCCCUGUAUUUCAUCGCUCACAGGAGAGACGGGUGGGCAAGGAAAAGUCAGCAACAUCUGCUAAGAGGAGCAUCUUUGCCCAGGAAAUUGCAGCAAGGAGGGUGUCUGAAGCUGGGGAAGUUGUGUCCAACCUGGACCCACCAGGUGGUGCUGUGACGUGUGAGGCACCUGUUCCCAAGGACCAAGCCUUGCUGCUUCCAGACAGCAGCCAUAGCUUCUGUGGCCCCAGUCUGGUCACAGGGAAGGGGCUCAGGGGCCAGGAGGCAGAGCAGGAAGCCCAGACCAUCCAUGAAGAGAAUGUAGCAAGACUGGAGGCCUUGGCUCCUGAGGAGAUCCUGCAGGAACAGCAGCGGUUGCUGACUCAGCUUGACCCCAGCUUGGUUGCCUUCUUGAGAGCUCACAGCCGCACCCGGCAACAAGCAGCAAAGAAGGCCCCUGAGGACGAGAGGCCAGGAGAACCCUUUGCUCAUGUCACCAAAGAGAAGCCCCUCAUGUCAACUUCUGCCCAUGAGCCCAGGAAGGAAGAAAAGCUAGAGCCAGCUACUCCAGCUCUUGCACUGCCUGUGACCCCCCAGAAGGAAUGGGUGCACAUGGACACUAUUGAAAUGGAGAAGCUCAGCUGGACCCAGGAUCUGCCCCCACUCCGGCGGCAACAGACACAGGAGAGGAUGCAGGCACGAUUCAGUUUGCAGGGAGAGCUCCUAGCCCCUGAUGUGGACCUACCCACACACCUGGGCCUGCACCAUCAUGGAGAGGAGGCAGAGAGAGCAGGGUAUUCUCUACAGGAGCUGUUCCACCUGACCCGUAGCCAGGUGUCCCAGCAGAGAGCUCUAGCACUGCAUGUGUUGGCCCAGGUCAUCAGCAGGGCCCAGGCUGGUGAGUUUGGAGACCUGCUGGUGGGUAGUGUCUUGCGUCUCCUUUUGGAUGCUGGCUUCCUCUUCCUGCUGCGCUUCUCCCUGGAUGACAGAGUGGAUGGGGUCGUCGCAGCUGCCAUCCGGGCUCUUCGGGCUCUGCUGGUGGCUCCUGGAGAUGAGGAGCUCCUCGACAACACCUUCUCUUGGUACCAUGGAGCUUUGAUGUUCCCUUUGAUACCCAGCCAGGAGGAUGAGGAGGAUGAGGAUGAGGAUGAAGAACCCCUGGUAGAAAAGACAAAAAGGAAGAGCUCUAAGGAAGGAAGCCGGCCUCCACCUGACCUGGCCCGGCAUGAUGUCAUUAAGGGGCUCCUGGCUACCAACCUGCUGCCUCGGCUGCGUUUUGUGCUGGAGGUAGCCUGCCCAGGACCUGCUGUGGUCCUUGACAUCCUGGCUGUGCUCAUCCGCUUGGUCCGGCAUUCUUUAGAGUCAGCCACAAGGGUCCUGGAGUGCCCUCGGCUGAUAGAGACCGUAGUCAGAGAGUUCUUGCCCACCAGCUGGUCCCCCAUGGGGGUAGGGCCUACUCCCAGUCUACACAAAGUACCCUGUUCUGCUGCCAUGAAACUGCUUCGUGUCCUGGCCUCGGCUGGUAGGAAUAUUGCUGCCCGGCUGUUGAGCAGCUUUGAUCUCCGGAGCCGCCUGUGCCGCUUCGUAGCUGAGGCUCCCCAAGAACUGGCCUUGCCUCCAGAGGAAGCUGAGACCCUGAGCACCGAGGCCCUCCGUCUGUGGGCUGUGGCCGCAUCCUAUGGCCAAGGCAGUGACCUUUACAGGGAGCUCUACCCAAUGCUGAUGCGAGCCUUGCAGGCCGUACCACAGGAGCUCAGCAUAUACCCACCACCGCAGCCCCUGUCCAUGCAGCGGAUAGCCUCAUUGCUCACUCUCCUCACCCAGCUGACCCUAGCAGCUGGCAGCAACCCCCCUGAAUCUAUUAGUGAUUCUGCUGAGACCAGCCUGUCUGCCACCCAUUCCUUGAUCACUUGGACACAGGUAUCUGGGCUUCAGCCUCUUGUGGAGCCAUGUCUAAGGCAGACCUUGAAGUUGCUACCCAGACCUGAGGUGUGGAGUGCCUUGAGCCCAGUGCCCACUGCCUGCCUGUUGUUCCUGAGUGCCUACUACCAGGUCUGGAGCCAACAACCAAGCUCAUGCCCAGAAGAUUGGCUUGAGGACACAGAGCGCCUGUCGGAGGAGCUAUUGCUGCCACUGCUGAGGCAGCCCACUCUGGACAGCCUGUGGGAGUCUCUUAGGCACUGCUCCCCUUUCUGCAACCCGCUGACCUGUGCUCCAGCCCCUGAAGCUCCCCCUAGCCUCGUGUCACUGGGUUGUGCAGGAGGCUGCCCCCCUCUCAGUCUGGCUGGCCCAGCUUCACCCUUCCCAUUCCUCACCGCCCUCCUCUCACUUUGCAACACGCUGGCCCGGAUCCACAAGGGGCUAUGUGGCCAGCUGGCAGCCAUAUUGGCUGCGCCUGGACUCCAGAACUACUUCCUCCAAUGUGUGACUCCUGGGGCUGCCCCACACCUCACACCCUUCUCUGCGUGGGCCCUGCGCCAUGAAUAUCACCUGCAGUACCUGGUCCUCUCCCUGGCCCAGAAAGUGGCAAUAGUCCAGCCACUACCUGCCACCAGUGCUGCCCUCCAUCACAGUGUGGCUUUAGCCCUAUUGAGCCGGCUGCUGCCUGGAAGCGAGUACCUCGCCUAUGAGCUGCUGAUGAGCUAUGUCUUCCGGCUGGAGUUCCUCCCAGAAAGAGCAUCAGGGGGUCCAGAGGCAGCCGACUUCUCUGACCGACUCUCCUUAGGGAGCAGCAGGGACCCUUGGAAUGGACGAGGAGCUCUACUAGCUCAGGCCUGCCAGGACCUCUCCAGUAUCCGCAGCUGCUACUUGAGUCACUGCUCACCAGCCCGAGCCAGCCUGUUGGCCUCCCAGGCCGUGUACCGAGGAGAGCUACAGCAAGUCCCAACCCUGCUGUUGGCAGUGCCUAAGGAGCCACUGCUGCCCACUGACUGGCCCUUCCUACCAUUGAUUCAGCUCUACCAUCGGGCUUCAGACACCAACUUGGGGUUCCCUCCCACUGACACUGUGGGCAUAGCUAUGCGGGUCUUGCAGUGGUUGCUAAUUCUGGAGAGCUGGCGCCCCCAGGUCCUCUGGGCUGUGCCUCCUGCCGCCCGCUUGGCACGGCUCAUGUGUGUGUUCCUGGUAGACAGUGAGCUGUUCCGAGAGUCCCCUAUACAGCAUCUGGUGGCAGCCCUCCUAGCCCAGCUCUGUCAACCUCAAGUCCUGCCAAGCCUCAAUUUGGACUGUCCACUUCCUGGCCUGACAUCUUUUCCUGACCUCUAUGCCAACUUCCUGGAUCAUUUUGAGGCUGUCUCCUUUGGAGACCACCUCUUCGGAGCUCUGGUCCUUUUUCCCCUACAGCGUCGAUUCAGUGUCACCUUGCGCCUUGCCCUAUUUGGGGAACAUGUGGGAGCCUUGCGAUCUUUGAGCCUGCCUCUGAACCAGUUGCCUGUGUCCCUGGAGUGCUACACAGGGCCUCCUGAAGACAACCUGGCCCUCCUUCAACUCUAUUUCCGGGUCCUUGUUACUGGUGCACUCCGUCCACAUUGGUGCCCCGUGCUCUAUGCUGUGGCUGUGGCUCAUGUCAAUAGCUUCAUCUUCUCCCAGGACCCAAAGAGCUCAGAUGAGGUAAAGGUGGCCCGCCAGAGUAUGCUGCAGAAAACUUGUCUGCUGGCAGAUGAGAGUCUCCGGCAGCACCUCCUCCAUUAUAAGCUUCCCAAUUCUACUCUCCCAGAGGGCUUUGAGCUAUAUUCUCAGUUGCCUAGUCUACGCCAAGAGUACCUCCAGAGACUGACCUCAACAGUGCUCCAAAAUGGGGCAUCAGAGACCUAGUGUAGUUGCUACAUUCUCCUAUAUCCAUCUCUCCAACAGAUGGCCUGGCCAGACAGAGGGUAUUAUGUCCUAGGGGUAGGCAGGAGACAAAAGAGCAGAAUUUUUGCUUUCCUGGGAGCUUAUUGUUUGAGAUUUUUUUGGUGCAAAAUGAGCACCCUACCAUUACAUCCUGAUACUUGGAGUUCAGGAUGUGGGUUUUUGAGGGCCUGUGUUGAGAGCGAAGGGUGGCUUUCCUGUUUACUCUCUCUUUGGGAAUAGUUUAAGUAAACCUCUCCUUACCUACUCCCAACCCCUGCCCUAUGCUGAAGUAUAUGAAUACUACGGCUGUACAUUUAAAUAAAAAAUUUAAUAAGAAUUUUUAAAAUCUGGGAA